AUGUCUAAAGGAUCAAUAUCUAUGCCUAGAAAAGCAGGAAGUAGUAAUUCGAAUUCAACAAUGAGAAAACCUACUCCGGAAAAAAAGAUCAAAGAUUUCAGGUUGACAGCUAAUCAAUGCAGUUCACUAAUGAUUGAUGAUGUGUUCAAUAACCUACCAACAAUUCAAUGGUCUAAUGUUAAUACACUGAUUGAUGAAUCUAUUAAAUGUUAUCACGAUACGCUUGAAAGCACAAGAGUUUUUAAUAGUAUUGUCACCUCUUUGGAAUCGAUACAUCAAAAAACGAAAAAUAAUGCUACGUUGGCCUCGUAUAGCUUGAAGUGUAGUCAUUAUUUAAAGCAAGAUCAUAUCAAAAGAACUGAAGAAAUUCAACAGAGCACAAGGACUAGAAAUGCAACUUUAAUAACAUCACAAUGUAACGAUGAAUAUUAUGAUGAAUUAGUGUCAGGCUCACACGAAACUUUGGAAGAGAGAGAAGAUAGUGAAGAUCCGGAAAAUAGCGAAGUUGAUGAUGAAGAAGUGGAUUUCCCCUCCGAUCUAACAGUAAAUCACCAUCCUCAACGGAAUGCUGAUUAUACCCUUCUUUAUGAUGAUCUCUUCAUAAAACCAGAUGAUCAAUGCAAUGACAGCGAUUGGAUUAUGGAUACUAUUAAUAUAUCUGACAUGUGUAAAUCGGUUAAGGCAAACACAAUGGGUCUAAGAAUUAAUCCCGCUAAUCUUUCCUGA